AUGUUUGCUUCCCUCGUCGGCCUUCUUCACCAGCCCAGCAUCGCUCUCAGAGUCCCGGGAGACGACACUACAUUCAAUCCCAAGGAGUAUCCCAACGUUACGGUCAUUGCUCAAGGCAAAGUCCAGGGCAAGAUCCGUCUUAUCCACAACACCGAUGAUGACUCUGGCCUGGGACUGAUCUCGACCCGUAUCUGGGUAACCAAGGACAACGACAAAGAGGAAGUUGCUAUCAGAACCCGAUUUGAAGACAGGACACUUACCUUUACACUCGAGGGUCCCAGACGGUUCGCCAACCUCAACAUCUACCACGAGACCACCAUCUCGAUCCCUAGUUCAGUACGCACCAUGGAGAACUUGAUCAUCGACAUUCCCAACAGCUCCCUUUCAGGCGACGGACUUCACAACCUGAUCUGGAACAAGGUCAAAUCGGAUCUCUCCAACUCCUCCAUUGCCCUGGAGACCCUUCAUGCCGAUACUAUUGACCUUCGCACUAGCAACUCUUCAAUCUCUGGUUCAUACGAGGCAGGACACGUCGAUCUCAACACCUCCAACGGAUCCAUCUCUGCCAAGCUUGUUGUCCACGAGCCGCGGGAUGGCCGUCAGUCUUCUGUCACAACCAAGACUUCAAACUCUGGACUCGAACUACAUGUUGAUGCUACACCCACAGGCCAAGGGCUAUGGAUGGACAACUCUACCAGGAACGGCAAGGCGAUUGUUGGAUGUCUACUUGGACCAGCUUCGCGCGGAUCCUAUGUCAGCGUUACCUCUGCCAACUCGAAAGUUGAGCUCAGCUUGGAUGCUUCCCAGACUGGCCAGCCUCUUGAGGUGAAUACAAAGACAUCCAAUGCAAGCAUUGUCACAUCGAUCAUGGUGCCACAGGACCAGCCCUUCAAAGGGUUUGCACAGACCUCCAACAGCUCUGUUACUGUCAACCUUACGGAGGCAUUCCAGGGGCAAUUUGAUCUUGCGACGAGUAACAGCUCAGCUACUGUGGAGGGAACUCACCUCCAGUUGGACACGGACAAGAAAUCGAACAAGCGUGGCUCGCGGGGCCAUGGCUCGAGCGAUGUCAAGCUGAGCACGUCAAAUGCCUCGCUCAACCUCCGCUUCUACCCCGCAGGCGACAGCCUCGCCGCCGACACCAAGUCUGGCUACUAA